AUGAUUCAUUCCUUAUCUAAAAUCGACAAUUUUGGAGCUGAAUUUAAACAAAGAAUCAUACAUUCUGAAUAGGAACAUAAAUCUAUAAUUGGAGGCCUUUUCACACUUUUAGUCUAUAGCAUAUGUACAGCAUAUUUUAUUUUUGUUUUGUAACAAUGGGCAUCUGGAUAAAUAUUACCAAAGAUCCUAAUAGAAUCUACAGUUUCAGCUUUUGAAAAAUUUGAAAUGCCUGAUAAAUUGAUUGAAUUAACCUUUGUUAGAUAUGAUGAUUAAAUUGUCGAUCCAUUUGCUACUUAAGGAAAUAUACUGAUGCCAAUUGCAGUAUUAUUAGAAAAUAAUAAACCAAUAUCCUAUUAAUCUGUCUUGACUAAUUCUGAAAUUUCUAAUUAUGGAACUAAUCUUAUCGAAAUGGAAAAAAUGCAAAUUGUCAAGAAUUCUCGUAAUGAUAAAUCAUAGGAAAAUUGUAGAUAUUAUAACUUAUUAAUUACUACUUGUUAAAAAUAAUACUUAAAAGAGAAUCAAACUUGCGCAUCAAAUGAGGAUAUUUAAAAUUAUUUGAGAAAUUCAUUAACGCCAAUUGAGAUUGAAGUUAAAUUAUAAUAAUUUGAUACAAAAAAUAAAGAAAUAUAUGAGGUAGAAAAACAGCUAUAAUUUAUUCUUGAAGAAAACCUUACUUUAAAAGUAGAUAUAUUAUUUCAAAAUACAAAUACAAUAAUUGAUGAUCAUUUAAUAUUUUCUAAUUCUAAACUUUUUUCCUACUUUUCUGACUUUAGUGUUUUGACUUAAACUAAUACUAAAAUUUAAAAUGCCUAAAUAAUUUAAGAUUAAGUUUUAAUUUAGAUAGCUUUCAAAGUUGAUCCUAUUGAAGUUAAGUAAUCAAUUACAUAUGUUAAAUUUGGAGAAAUGCUAGCAGAAGUUGGUUCUAUUGCUAGUUUAUUAUUGGCAGCAUCUUGGUUCAUUUAAUAAUUUAAUAAAGAAGAAAUGGAAAACAAAAUAAUUGAUGAAAUAAUAAGUAUUUAUUAUCCUUAGUUUCGAAAUCUUAAGAAAAUAAAGAAUUGUAUGGGUAGAACAAUUAAAAUUAAACAUGAAAAAGAUGAGAUAAAUUAAAAAGAAUUUUAAAAGUGGUAUAAAAAAGUUAGGAAAAAUGCUAUUCUAAAAUUAUCAGUAGUUAACUAAUUGCAUGAAAUUUCAAGAUUGUAUUUUAUUAUACGAUCAUAAACUACUUAUUAAUAAAUGUUAAAAUAUUAAAAUUGUGGUAUCUAAUUACCUCAUAGACUUUUUAAAAAACAUAGCUAUGAUAUUAAUAAUGAAUUAUAAUCUAAAGAUAUAUAAAUAGAGGAUUAUGAUCUCGAAUCUUCAUAUAUGAUUACCAGUGUUUUAUGUGAGGAUGAUCUUAAUCUUCUAAAUUACAAUCACAAUUAGAAAAGAAUCAAUAUUCCAGCAGGUUGA